AAUUCGUCACCAUCACAAAUCUGUCAAACGACUGUAUGGGUUGAGUGUAUUUAUCAUAUUUAACUAAAAAUAUAAGAAGACAAACUUUGUGCUACGUAGUGAAAUAAGUAUAAGGUGGCGCUCACUAAUUAAACACAAUGUCUAAAUUUGAAGACAACCCGUUUAGUGAUCCUGCCAUAGACAACCCCUUUGCCGACCCUGCAGUGCAGCAAGUUGCGAGGAAUACGAAUACUGUGACACAGGGUCUUGACGACUAUAAUCCAUUUGACGGUACCCAAAAUGCAAAUCAAGCUACGCCUCCGCAACAGCCAACACAGCCGGCAAUCAUGCAAGCAGUGUCUCCACCGGCCAGUGGACAAUAUACACGACCAAGUCCUUCACAGCAACCCCAGGGCCCACCAUCAAACUUCACAACAGCUGAUUUCCAGGAGUUGAAGAGACGACAAGAGGAAUUGGAGCGAAAAGCUGAAGAGUUAGCGAGAAGGGAGGCCGAAUUGCGUGCUGGCUCUGCUGGACGUAGGAACAAUUGGCCACCACUGCCAUCCUUUUGUCCCGUACAACCAUGCUUCUAUCAGGACAUCAAUGUGGACAUACCGCUCGAGUUCCAGAGGAUUGUACGACAUUUAUAUCAUUUGUGGAUGUUUCACUCAUUAGUCCUGGCGUUGAACAUUGUCGGUGGAAUGGCACUUCUGUUCUCUGGAAAGGGCCCAACAGUGUUUGGGCUAUCAAUACUAUACUUCAUACUGCUAACACCAUUCAGUUUCGUCUGCUGGUAUCGACCGAUAUACAAGGCGUUCAGGAGUGACUCCUCGUUCAACUUUAUGGUGUUCUUCUUUAUAUUCCUGAUCCAAAUACUGAUUACAUUGGUGCAGUCGAUCGGUUUCUUGGAUGGUGGCUCUUGUGGUUUGAUCACAAGCAUCGACGCGUUCAGUGUGAACGUAGGUGUCGGAAUUGUGACAUUGUUGGUCACCAUUGGAUUCAUCACUUGCGUCGUUGCUGACAUUCUGCUCAUCACAAAGGUGCACCGCAUCUACCGGUCUACGGGCGCGUCGCUGGCGAAGGCGCAGGCGGAGUUCACGACAGAGAUCCUGCGCAACCCGCACGUGCAGACCGCCGCCAGCAACGCCGCCGCCGCCGCCGUCAACGCGCAGAUAUCCAACAACCGCUACUAGCGCGCCGCCGCCGGUAAAAAGCAACCAAUCAUCGAUCAGCAUUUAUGUGCGCAGCGGAUAAGUACAUAACUACGUGUAAAUCAAUAUUAAAUUAUAAUAUAUUCAAACAUCAUAUUGCUGAGGUUAAUUUAUUCUGAGUGCACGUAAAUUAUUAUUAGGCCAGUGUAAAAUUGUAAAGGUCAUUUUUUAUAUUUAUUUUUCUGUUUAUGAAGCCAUUAAAAUUUUGUAAAGAAGAUUUUAGGUUCUCAAAGUUUUCUAGUAGUGGUACGUAAUAAAUAAUUUAAUAUAUAUCAAUAAAGAAAUGCACGAUUUUUUCUGAAAAUACACUUAAAUAUUACUUAUACUUAUGUAUAGACGUUUUGAGAGACAAUACUUAUAUCAUCUGUAUUUACUCCUUAGUCUAUGAUUAAUUAAUAAGUGCACUCAGUCAAAGUAUAACAUCCUAUCAGUUUUAUUAAAUUAAAUAUUGUUAGUUUUAAUAUGCAAUAUGUAUGACAAAAUGCUUGUUAUUAUUAUAUUAAAGAUUUUGUUGACGCACUUUGUUAUAUUUAAAUGUUAUUUGAUGAAGUAUUCUUGGAAACGUUUUCUUUUAUUUACGUGAAAUUUAAAAAAAUAUUCGGCUCUUUCAUUUGCUAUGUAUCAUAAAAUUUUCCCAUAAAAUGAAGUAUUAUUCCGUAAAUUAACACAUCUUUUUCCCAUUUGCGAUGUUUUUGUUAUCAUCGAUUAUGUAGUAAGAUCAAAUGUAAAUAAUGAUAUUAUAUACUACGGCCAAAAUGAGUAUGGCUGUGUCAUUUUAACAUAUUCUACUAACCUUCGACAUUAAUUAUAAUUGGUUUAAUUUAUAAAAAUAGCAAUGCACCAAACAUAAUGCCGCUGGUAGAUUACUGAAAUUAUAUUUUGAUUCUUCAUUGAAUAUAAAAAUAUUUGUAAAUUACAUUCAAUUCUAUAAUAUAACAACUACAACAUAUAAAUUUAUCAUAAUAAAAUAUUUAUAACAGCCAAUAAUUGAUUAAUAACAUUUGUAUUUAAUUUUGAAGCUUCAUCGCAAUUGAAAUGUUUGGUGCACACUGGCACAGAUUGUGUUUCGAUUAUUUUCUUAAUUGCAGCUAUAUAUAGCUUUUAAAAAUAUUCUACAAUCAUUAUUACAGCAAUUCUGCUAGGUCUUCUGUAAUAAAAUAUUUAACACGAGGUUAUAUAACUGCAGUGGUCCCAAUAUUUUAGCGUAAUAUAAUGAUCCACUUUGUCUUUAAGUGAUAACAUGACUCCCUGUAUUAUAUAUAUUAUAUUUAUUAUUUGGACCACAACUUAUUGUAGCUUCAAAGAAUAAGAUAAUCUUGUAGAAAUUUUAUUACGUUAAUGUAUUAAAAAAUCUUUCUUCUUUCCUUUAAAAAAAUCCCUUCAAAGGUACAUUUUACUAUGUAUAAUCUUAAAAAAUGCCAACCUAAUUGACAAAUCAAUAUUUUAUGCAUUAUGUAUAGUUAUUUAUUACUAAUUAACGCAUCAUCUGAAAUAUCUUGUUUAGUUAUUGCUAGAUUUAUUUAAAAAAUACAUGAGCUUAUGGACGCUUUAAAUAUAUAAGAAAUCCAAAUAUCUUCGCUGCAUUUCUGGAUUAUAAAAAUUAUAAUAUAAAGUUGAAAAUGUAUUUCAUUUAUUCACGAAUUUAGUUUAUCACUUCACAAAAUUCAUGUAGACAUUCCAUAUUGGGCCAGUGUAUAUAUCGCUUAAUGUCCCUUCACUAAGAUUUCGUGUUAAUGUGUAUAUCGAUUUUAAAAACUUCAUCGUAGAAAGUGUCGUGUGUUCGAACCGUUACUUAAAUUUGUAUGUGUGUAAUCUUGCCGUGUGUUUCAAUUAGUUAUGCACAAGACUUAAAUACACAAUCUAAUUAUGAUAUUUAACAAUAUAAUGUUAGUCUAGUCACAUGACUGACGGUUUCGAUAAAAGAUCAACAAAAGCAUAAUAACAAUGCAUUACGUACUUCUACCACGUCUUCAUUCUCAAGACGGGAUAUAUAUCUGGGCCUAGUUUAUUGUAAAUUAUUGUAAGACCGUCCUUACCCAGAUAAUGGUAAGCGAAGGCGUAGAUUUAUCUUGUUUAACUGUUUUGUAACGAUUAAGUCAUGUUAUAAACUUAUGAUUAAUAAUAAAUAUAAUUUCUGAA